AUGCCGUCAGAAAUCGGCGAUAAUCCGACAGCUGCGGCGGCGCUAGCUUUUCCUAUUGCGGCAUCCAUGGGCGGGAGCGCGGACGACGCGCCGUCGCUGCCGUGCCCGCGGUGCGAAUCGACGAACACGAAAUUCUGCUACUACAACAACUACAACCUCUCCCAGCCCCGCCACUUCUGCAAGUCGUGCCGCCGGUACUGGACCCAGGGCGGCUCCCUCCGCAACGUCCCCGUCGGCGGCGGCACACGGAAGUCCUCCUCUGCCGCCUCCUCCUCCAAGCGCCAACGCGCCUCCUCCGCUUCCGCCGCCGCGGUUACCACCACCACCACCACCAACAACAACAAUUACAGCAAUAUCAACAUGGAUUCGUCGGCGUCGACAAACACGACGACAUCUUCGUCCUCGAAUUCCACCACUUCGAUGUCUUCCCUCGCUCACGAGCAGCAGCACGAUCACUAUUCCGACCCGCCGCUCCACCUCGGAUUCGACCCGGUUUUCAGGUCGGUGGCGGAGGCCGGGAAGUGCGACGAGCUCAGUAAUCUGAAGGAGAAUCGGCAGCCGGUUGUGAGCGAGAACGGGAUCGGAAGCGGAAGCUUCAUCUCCCUGCUCAACAAUCAAGGAGGUGGGCUCGUCGGGUCCCUAACCGGGUACGGGUCGGGUCAUGGGUACGGGUUCUGCGACAUGGAUCUUGGGUUAGCGGGUAAUGCUGCGGCCGCGAGAGGAAUGUGGCCGUACUACUCUGCUUCGAGCAGCACCACAACUACCGACUACCUCGGCGGCGGAGAUGGAGUCGGGUGCGGUGGUAAUGUGAUGGGCGCGUGGGCGCAGGUGGGUGAGAUGGAGAAGGGGAAUGGGAGUGGGGGAGGUUCGUAUGUGGACCCGGAAGGGUUUUCUUGGCCGACGUUUGUGAUUCCGACGACAGCGAAAGGGCUGAUGAAGUGA